AUGAGAUACACGCAAGCAUUCGUCGCCGCUUCUAUGGCCCUCGGCGUUAUGGCCGGCUGCAGAUUCGCUCCCGAAGUCUGCAAGUCAGACGUCGGCCCCAUCUCUCGCGGACUCACUGAUGGCUGGGUCUGCGAUCUCCCGGAAGAUCUCCCUUGUCAAACUACUUGUGAGAUCACUGGUGAAAGACAGCGUUCCGAGCCCGGUGUUGUCGGAAUGGAGACGAUGAAGUGCUGCAAGCCUAGUCCCAACUGUGAGUCAUUCAUAAGCUCAACACAUCAACAGCAGGGACAUUGA